GUGCAGACCGGUAGAGGAAGCCGCAGGGAGCGUCGGGCUAGGAAGUCUAGCGCAGAGGCCCAGCGGGCGGGAGGCGGGGGCCGGCUGGUGAAACCCGUUCUGUCCGGCGCAGUGGGGACCCGGUUUGCAGUGAGAUGGGAGAGAGGGAAGGUUGGCUCCGGUCCAGCCUGAAAGGUCGGACAGGUGGAAAUCAACGAGAACUUGCCCGCCAGAAAAACAUGAAGAAAUCGCAGGAAAUUACUAAGGGAAAAAGAAAAGAGGAUAGCUUGACUACUUCUCAGAGAAAACAGAGCUUUUUCCACCUUCAUAGGGACUCUGAGAUCAUGCAACAAAAGCAGAAGGCAGCCAAUGAGAAGAAAUCUAUGCAGACAAGAGAAAAAUGAUGACUAUUUGGAACACUUGGGUGCUACUGCUAACUAGGUGUAUCAUAAGCUCCAUGAUCAAGAUUUUGUAGAGUGAACAGUCAGUACAUAUGUUAUAUCCUUAUGAAAAUAUUCUAAACUUUACCUUUCAGCCUUAGUGUGAUGUUUCAGAAACAUUCUUCAAAGAAUAAAACACUAACCAUGCAUGUGA